GGGAGAGAGCUAAUUUUAGAAGCAUGGACUAAUCUCUCACGGCGCUGUGUCUCUAUAAAGCCUGGAUACGCAUUCUGGUCCAGUCAGAAGCAUCACAGACUUGACAACAACAUCACUGCUUGAAAACGCCAAAGCUAAUGAAACAACUGCAAAGAAUGAAGCACAGACGACUGCUGCUGUCCCUGCCUCAUCUCCCCACUAUCACAGAGACACUGGAGGAUGCCUCUCCCCAGAGUCUGUACCAGCCUGCUCACAGUUUACCCUCUUUGGAUGAUUAUAUGGCCAGUAUGAGGGCCCUAGCUUGUUCUUCAGAGGCCCCCAGCUGUGGACCGGUGCGUCUCCAAAGAGGACAGAGGGGGCGGCCCUGCUCUAAAGCCCAAAUGAAGCUACCUGCGACAGGCUCUUUACCUCGGGGUUCUCCUCGAGCACUAAGGACUUCUAAAGGCUUAGCCCAGAGUCCAGAGGAGCUAUCUGUGAAGCUGAGCAGAGAGAGGGACUGCAGAGGCAAGGACCCAGUGGACUGGUUAUUUGGACAAAGGACUUGAAGGAGCUGCUUUGUUCGAUGAAACUUCAGGGACAUGAAACUUCGGGGUCUUUGACACCUCCGUGUCAGAGACUGUACGAUGUGCUGGAUCAUAAC